UGCAGCCCAUGAUGGGUGGCAGCGGGUCUAAAGGUAAAGGCUACUGGCCGUUCUCAGGUUCAGGUGGCGGAGAUGAACCUGCUAAAGACGGCCAAGAGCAGAGCCUGGCCCGGGUGCGGAGCAUCCGAAACGCAACGCCUUUCGUGUUUACCAGGAGGAGCUCUUUGUACUUCGACGAGGAUGGCGACCUUGCCCACGAGUUUUACGAAGAAACCGUAGUAACAAAAAAUGGCCGCAAGAAAGCCAAACUAAAACGAAUCCACAAGAAUCUCAUACCUCAGGGAAUCAUCAAGUUGGAUCACCCUUGUAUCCACGUCGAUUUUCCGGUAGUCAUCUGUGAAGUUUGAUGCCGUCGGUGACCUCUUGCGAAGAAUCCGUCCCCCUUCAUUUAACUCCCACCCGCUGGAUCCCGUACACGCUUGCUGUGUAGUGCCCCCUUGUGUUUGGGAGGGCUUGAUGCGUGUACGUGGAACCCCGGCAAACGAGCUGCAAGAUGCUCCGGCUGUGUGACUGAGAAGAGGCUGCGGUCUGACAAUGAUGUCCUGACUCUUUAUGUUUCCUCGUAAUCAUCCACAUGAAGACUAUUAUGGGCUGUACGGCCAAGACACUAAUGUGGUUUGUGUACGAGU